CAAGAGAAUCUAGGUGGCCAGCAAUAAUGUUUGUUAGAUAUGCAUUAACUGCAUUCUCCCUCUGACUGCAUUCUCUCCCGCAACUCAAGUAUCUGUAUCUGCUUGGAGUUCUUGUCACCGCUGUAUCCCAAGCACGAGCGACCUCUAGAGAUAUUGUUGAAAACUGCAAGUGAACUUUGCCCUACCAGCUGGUCCGGACCCAGGCCAGGCGUCUUGUGAUCGUGAUUGUGCUGCUGGUAGGUACAUGAGUAACAACAGGUAUGGAGGUCGUCACCGGGAACGACCGGGAGUCGCUGCUGAAGAACAGCGUCAACGUAGAAAGAUCAACUGGCGACUACAGAGUCUACAGAAGGCGCUGGUACAUUUUAGCAGUGCUGUGUGUGCUGAACCUCGGCAAUGCAACAAUUAUCUUAGCAUCAUCUCUUAACCUGAUUGGUCCUGUACUGAGGGUGGUGAGUGCCAUCCCAAUGGACAUGUCCGACUCAGUACGCUUCCCCUUGGUGCUGAUUGGUCAGACUAUCGCUGCCGUCGCUCAGCCGUUCAUCAUAGAAUCCCCUGCCAAGGUGGCUGCUGUGUGGUUUGCACAAAACGAGCGGGCAACUGCUAACAUGAUCGGCUCCAUGUCGAAUCCUCUUGGUCUGCUGCUGGCUAAUGUCCUCUCCCCAGCACUGAUAACCACGGAUAAGCACACUGCCAAUGAUUUUAUAGUAUUGUUGUCUGUGUACUGUGCGCUCCCACUGGUGGGUCUGCUGAUGUCCUUAUUUGGAGUGUGCAGUAGUGAGCCCCCCACCCCACCCACUGCUAGUGCAGCAGCAGAGUCUGAGUCUUUCUUCCAGGGACUAAAAAAGCUUGCCAGGAAUGGUCAGUACUGGGUGUUAUGUGUGGUGUUUGGAUCUGGGCUGGGCCUGUUCAGCACCCUGACCACCAUACUGGAGCAGGUUCUCUGUCCCAGGGGAUAUGAUGAUAGUAUAUCUGGCCUGUGUGCAGCACUGAUGAUCAUCUGUGGGGUGGUUGGUGCUGGGGUGGCUGGAGUAUUUGUAGACAAGACUAAAAUGUUUCAAGAAGUAGUUAAGGUCUCCUACGCCAUGGCAGGGAUUGGGUUUGUUGUGUUGGCUGUGCUGACCAGGUACAGGAACCUAGAUGCAGUAAUGGUGGUGGCAGCAGGGGUUUUUGGCUUCUUUGGUUUUGCCCUGUAUCCCAUCAGCCUGGAGCUGGCUGUGGAGGUCUCCUACCCUGUUGCUGAGGCAACCAGUGCAGGGCUCUUGGUUGUGUCUGGGCAAAUUCAGGGUAUCAUACUGGUGUUCCUGGCCCAGGCAUUGGCGCAGCCUCUCUCUGCUGCUGAUGCCCCUUAUGCCAACUGUGGGACCAAUGGUGACAUCAUACCACAGGACAACACAGUGACCAUGCUGGUGUUUGCAGGGAUCAGCUGCAUAGCUGGGGUGGUGCAAAUCAUUUUCCUCCACCCCGAGUACAAGAGACUCAAGGCAGAGAGGGAAGAGGCGGAAGCCAACAAAGCUCCCACAUACAAUGGAGUCACUAUUUAAGAUUAGUCAGACCUCCUUCAUGUGGCAUAUUAACACUGGUAUAAAGAUGCUGAAGGUUGGCUGCUAAAGGUAAUCCAGAUGUGGUUAUUGCCCUGAACUAUAUUAACUGACUGACUCAUAUCCACAUCUAUAACUACCAUGGGUAGUAAUUUAGAUGUUGGACAAGUAGAAUGGGAGACCACUGGCUGGUUCAGUCAGAGGGAUGCUGUGAUUUAUUCAUAUGUAUAAUGAUGUAAAUAUACCUCAAGGACACUAAAAUUUCAACUCAGGAUUAUUACAACAAAUGUAUCAAAGGUAUGCAUUUUUGUAUCACCAAAAAUGUGAAGGAGAAAUAGAUAGUAAACAGGAGAGUAUGGUAGAUAAUGGGCCAAGAGGCAGAAAGUGAUGUUUGCACUGCCUUGAACAUUGAUAGUAAUUUAUGAUGUACAUGUAAAUUAUGUACAGUAUUGCUUACAUGUAAUGUAUAUGUACACAUUUUGUAAUUUUCUAGUUAUAAAUCGAUACUGAUGACAGUUUUAUAUUUGAUCAUUAUUUUUUAAUGUAACCACUUGAAGAUGAAAAAAAUUGAGACUACUUUUCUCCACAUGUUUGCAGCAACAACCUUGCACCUAGUUGACAGGGGCAUACCUACAUAUUAAAUAUUGUGAUUAAGUUUACUUUCUGUUCCAGUAGCAGCAACAUGUGUAAAGAAAAUCUAUCUACUAUCUAGUACAAGUAGAUUUCACUCCUGUCACGUAUUGACUGAAUACUUUAAAAGUAACAUUUUAAUAUGCUUAGAUUUCUUCAAAAUAAAAUGCAAGUUGCCGGACA